GAAUUGUUUACUUGCAUAAUUUCUUCUGUUAUUCAUCAGACAACUCUGAGCGAGGGCUUGAUCUGGUUGCCUUCGAUUGACAACACGACAUCUCUAAAUGUGGCCACCGUGUUCCGUCCAGACUCCAGCAUAGUGACGACCAUGGAUAUCGACAGCGCCCCGGACGCUCCCGCCGCGCGAGAGUCCCAAGCUGCUGCUAAGCUAACGAAGCUCCCCCCCAUCCCGAAAGGCGCAACUGUGCGACGACGCCCGACGCCGGUCAAGACGCCGUCUACGCGCUCGACGCGGCGCAUCUACGUGACGGCCAACACGCCCUUCCGCUCGGUGACGGCGCGCGUGCGCAAGCAGCUCGACAAGAACCUGCGCACGGCCUCGGCCUCCAGCGGCUCGGCCUUCACGAGCCGGCUGGCGGGCCGGAAGCACGCGUCCCUCGACGAGCGGGUCCAGGCGAUCCAGCGGCACCAGAAGCAGCGCCAGCGCCAGCGAUCGGACGACGACGACGACAGCGCGACCGGCACCGGCAGCGGGAUCGGCAUAGGGCUCGAGGACGCCGGCGAGGUGGUCGUCGUGGGCACCGGACGCGCGAUCCAGCGCGUCGCCGAGGCGGCCCUGUUCUUCCAGAAGCAGGACGACUGCGUCGUCCGCCUGCGCACGGCCAGCGUCGCGGCCGUGAACGACGUGAUCGAAGAGGACGACGAGGAGUGGGGCGGGGAGGGCGAAGAGAGGACGAGGAUGAUGAGUUCGCUGGAGGCGUCCAUCCGGCUUCGGUGAUUCGCCGUGGGAUUUUUUUCUUUCCCGACACAGAGUGCUUCUGGGGGCAGCGUGGGCUCGAGGAUCGAUAGCCACCUAUCGGCGAUCAUAGGUAUCCGUUGUAAACUGCUACAUGUUCGGGCUAGCCGCAAGGGGCACAUACACGUCUCGAGAGACCAAUCUACAUGGUACCGCAGACGGUGUGUUGUUUUCCCAAUCUAUAGAAAGGGGAUUUGGAGAAGGUGAUCGUUGGCUGAAGUAGAGGCAGCCGUGGUGAUGAAGACUACCUACAUGUAGGCAAAGCAUAGCACUAUGCGAGACGGCAAAGGAGUGGGGUGAAAAGCUGGCCGUGAUGCUACAGAGCAGCUGUGAGAUCAUAACUAUCGACGACACAUCGAGGGGGAAGUGGUCAAGUGACACGCCGAACCUAUGGAAGACGUCGCCGUCAUCUCAGCGACAAAACAUCGCUAAGAUUAAUGAAGAUCGUUAUACCUAAACAGCUAUACCUACGGUCUUUUCUACUUGGGU